AGGAGAAUGGAAGUGAGGCGAGGAAAUCAGCUGACGCAGGAGCCCGAGUGAGACCAGUACACUCGCAUACCCAGGCUGCACCAUGAACUUGUGUCUACCUUCUACGCGUUAAGAGCCGAGGGCAGGUGACUUUGCCAGAGAGCAAUGGCUCUCUUUACUCCGUGGAAGUUGUCCUCUCAGAAGCUGGGCUUUUUCCUGGUGACUUUUGGCUUCAUUUGGGGUAUGAUGCUUCUGCAUUUUACCAUCCAGCAGCGAACUCAACCUGAAAGCAGCUCCAUGCUGCGUGAGCAGAUCCUGGACCUCAGCAAAAGGUACAUCAAGGCACUGGCAGAAGAAAAUAGGAAUGUGGUGGAUGGGCCAUAUGCUGGUGUCAUGACAGCUUAUGAUCUGAAGAAAACUCUUGCUGUGUUAUUGGAUAACAUUUUGCAGCGCAUUGGCAAGUUGGAGUCGAAGGUGGACAAUCUUGUUGUCAAUGGCACGGGUACAAACUCGACCAAUUCCACCACAGCUGUUCCCAGCUUGGUUGCACUUGAGAAAAUUAACGUGGCAGAUAUCAUUAACGGAGCUCAAGAAAAAUGUGUAUUGCCUCCUAUGGAUGGCUAUCCCCACUGUGAGGGGAAGAUCAAGUGGAUGAAAGACAUGUGGCGUUCAGAUCCCUGCUACGCAGACUACGGAGUGGAUGGGUCCACCUGCUCUUUUUUUAUUUACCUCAGUGAGGUUGAAAAUUGGUGUCCUCAUUUACCUUGGAGAGCAAAAAAUCCCUACGAAGAAGCUGAUCAUAAUUCAUUGGCGGAAAUUCGUACAGAUUUUAAUAUUCUCUAUAGUAUGAUGAAAAAGCAUGAAGAAUUCCGGUGGAUGAGACUACGGAUCCGGCGAAUGGCUGACGCAUGGAUCCAAGCAAUCAAGUCCCUGGCAGAAAAGCAGAAUCUUGAAAAGAGAAAGCGGAAGAAAGUCCUCGUUCACCUGGGACUCCUGACCAAGGAAUCUGGAUUUAAGAUUGCGGAGACAGCUUUCAGUGGUGGCCCUCUUGGUGAAUUAGUUCAGUGGAGUGAUUUAAUUACAUCUCUGUACUUACUGGGCCAUGACAUUAGGAUUUCGGCUUCACUGGCUGAGCUCAAGGAAAUCAUGAAAAAGGUUGUAGGAAACCGAUCUGGCUGCCCUACUGUAGGAGACAGAAUCGUUGAACUCAUUUAUAUUGAUAUCGUAGGACUUGCUCAAUUCAAGAAAACUCUUGGACCAUCCUGGGUCCAUUACCAGUGUAUGCUCCGAGUCCUUGAUUCAUUUGGUACUGAACCAGAGUUCAAUCAUGCUAAUUAUGCCCAGUCUAAAGGCCACAAGACACCCUGGGGAAAAUGGAAUCUGAACCCUCAGCAGUUUUAUACCAUGUUCCCUCAUACCCCAGACAACAGCUUUCUGGGGUUUGUGGUUGAGCAGCAUCUGAACUCCAGUGACAUCCACCACAUUAAUGAAAUCAAAAGGCAGAACCAGUCCCUUGUGUAUGGCAAAGUGGAUAGUUUCUGGAAGAAUAAGAAAAUCUAUUUGGAUAUUAUUCACACAUACAUGGAAGUACAUGCAACUGUUUAUGGCUCCAGCACAAAGAAUAUUCCCAGUUAUGUGAAAAACCAUGGUAUCCUCAGUGGGCGAGACCUGCAGUUUCUUCUUCGAGAAACCAAGUUGUUUGUUGGACUUGGGUUCCCUUACGAGGGCCCGGCUCCCCUGGAGGCUAUUGCCAAUGGAUGUGCUUUUCUGAAUCCCAAGUUCAACCCACCCAAAAGCAGCAAAAACACAGACUUUUUCAUCGGAAAGCCAACUCUGAGAGAGCUGACAUCCCAGCAUCCUUACGCUGAAGUUUUCAUCGGACGGCCACAUGUUUGGACUGUUGACCUCAACAAUCGGGAGGAAGUAGAGGAUGCAGUGAAAGCAAUUUUAAAUCAGAAGAUUGAGCCAUACAUGCCAUAUGAAUUUACAUGUGAGGGGAUGCUACAGAGAAUCAAUGCUUUCAUCGAAAAACAGGACUUCUGCCACGGGCAAGUGAUGUGGCCGCCUCUCAGUGCUCUGCAGGUCAAGCUGGCUGAGCCCGGGCAGUCCUGCAAGCAGGUAUGCCAGGAGAGCCAGCUUAUCUGCGAGCCUUCUUUCUUCCAGCACCUCAACAAGGACAAGGACAUGCUGAAGUACGAGGUGACCUGCCAAAGUUCAGAGCUGGCCAAGGACAUCCUGGUGCCCUCCUUUGACCCCAAGAACAAGCACUGUGUGUUUCAAGGUGACCUCCUGCUCUUCAGCUGUGCAGGCGCCCACUCCAGGCUCUGGAGGAUCUGCCCCUGCCGGGACUUCAUCAAGGGCCAGGUGGCUCUCUGUCAAGACUGCCUAUAGCAGCCACCCGCUCACCCUGCCCCAGGCUGCUGAUCAGGCAGGGCCGGGGGCAAACGUCAUUCAGGGACUCUGGCCAGAGCCUGAACUUUGUAUUGGAAGGUUCUGAUUUGGUAUUGCUCCUGCUGCGGUCAGAGCAGCCAAGUGGAGUCUUCACCAAAAAGCGAGAGAUGUCAGGUCAGGGACCUGUCUUCUCCCUGGCACCACACCGUUUUUACUUCUUCAGGAGCAACUG